AUCCUGAUCCGCUCCAUACAUUCCAAUUUUCCUCCAUCAUCUCCCUGUUCCUCUGCCCCUCUGUAUGUGAUCAACUGUAACCAAAAUCCCGUUUGGUUUAGCUUUGACCUCCUCGCUUCUGAGCCGUGCUAAAAGCUUUGGCACCACCCGAACCGAACCGGUUCCACGAUGCGGAGUUAAACGCGCCCUGAUACGCGCCGCUCCCCGGAUUUGACUCUCGGAUCCUCGGAUCGUUGGGUAUGAUGAGUCCGCGCUUAUGGAGAGUCCUGCUCUGCACGACCGUUCUCCUCCAGCUGGUCACGGCUGGCAAAUACGGCUGUCUGUUUGAGAAGAGGCUUUGCUCCAGAGAGCAGUUCUGCUCUGACGACAAGCUGUUUGGCCAGUGUGUGAGAUCCAGGCAGGAUGAGGUUCAGUACCAGGCGUCUGUGGCCGUACUUCAGAGACUGCAGGAAGUACUCAAGCAGCUGAUGAUGCAAGGGUUCUCCUGGCAGGACGACAUCACUCAGCGCAUUAUAGCGAAGGAGCUGAGUCGCAUUCCUCACUCUCGUACCCAAAACCCUCAGCCGGCACAGUCGUCCCACCCUGCUACUAAAAAGACCCACUCAAGCUCCAAGUCUGAACCCAGUGUUCCCCAGAAUUAUAUGGACUAUAUGAUCCUAGAUCCUCGCCAGUCCUCUUCUGUUCGCAUGCAAGCCUUACCGCUGGAUUCAUACACGUACCUACAGGAGGACAUGACACACUCUCUACACCCUCACGCCAGCGCAGGCUAUCAGCGCCCCUCGUCUCGCUCCGGCUCACAGCAGCAUCAGCGGGACCGAGACCGGCAGCUCCUGGAGGACGCCGUCUCGCUCUACCUCUCCUCCUCACAGCCCUCUUUUCACCAUCGGGGGGCAGCAGGUCUCCCCGCUGCCCCUUAUUAUGAGGACUUGGACUUCCCAUUGGAUUAUGGGGAGGACUACACCCUGCACGAGCGACCCAGCUCACGGCAGCGGACUAACAAAAAGCUUCUGCAGGACUACGGCUCUCUGUCUGGCCUGGACGAUGACUCGGUGGUGCAGCUGGCCGGCGUGUUGAAGAGGUUAGGGGUCGAUCCACAGGAGCUCAGCCCUCAGCAGUUGAGCAAAUUCGCCCUCCUACUGCACCUUCUGCAGUCGUCCGAAAACACUAACACAGAUCAACAACCAGGAACAGUAAUACUGAAGGAAACACUUGUAGAGGGCAGUGACUCUUUGUCACAGAAAGCUGCCAAACCUGCAUCUCCUAUAGAGACGCGACCCACCGCCCCGGGUCACCAGCUGGCCCCUACGCCGUCCCCCUCCACAUCAGCCCCAGUCACCGUGGUUCGAGGCCCUGAAGCCCCCACACUCGGACCAGCGAAGGAGACAGAGAAGACCCACACCAAAUUGAAACCAGGGGCCAAGGAUGGCACAGAGGAAUACGGCUACAUAGUCACAAACCAGAGCCCUCUGAGCCUGUAUGACGGGGUAAAACUGCUGGAAACGCUGGCAAAACGGAUCCACCUCACAACAAGCAGCUUUAUUAACAUCAGCGUGGUGGGGCCUGCACUGACAUUCAGGAUCAGGCAGAACUCUCUGAAUCUAAGUGCAGAGGAUGUGGCCAAUAAAGCUGUGGUUGAGAAGAAUUUCUUGGAGGGCGAGACGGGACUGAAGAUCAUUCAGACCGGAGUGGGAGAGAGAAGCGACGGGAGAGGGCUUCCCCAGGCUACACGGAUCAACGAUGGCUCACGUGGUGUCAUCCUCACCCUGGUGGCCAUGGCGUGUGUGGGCGUGGUGGUGCUGGUCGCCUUAACCAUCGCUUGUCUACGUCACCAUGCUCGUCAGCUAGCGUCUGGCAAGUUAGGGCUCGGUCCUGAGGCGGGCACCGAGACCCACUUCGAUUACCAGGAGCUGUGUCGCCAGCACAUGGCAGCAAAGUCAUCGUUCAGUCGUCCAGAGCCGGGUGGACGGAGGGGGACGGACACAUCUCGAGUGAGCAGUGUAUCGUCUCAGUUUAGCGACGGACCACAGCACAGUCCCAGCUCUCACAGCAGCACGCCAUCGUGGAGCGAAGAGCCUGCCCAGUCCAACAUGGACAUCUCCACUGGACACAUGAUACUGGCAUACAUGGAGGACCAUCUGAAGAACAAGGAUCGUUUGCUGAAGGAGUGGGAGGCUUUGUGCUCGUAUCAGGCUGAACCCAGUUCUGUUUCUGUUGCCCAGAGUGAAGCUAACCUUGAGAAGAAUCGGUACCCUGACUUUGUGCCCUAUGAUCAUUCCCGAGUAAAGCUGAAGCCUGAGACGAACCCCAGUAAAGAGGACUACAUCAACGCCAGCAUUAUUAUUGACCAUGACCCUCGCAUGCCUGCUUACAUUGCUACCCAAGGCCCCCUGCCGCACACCAUCGCUGACUUCUGGCAGAUGGUAUGGGAGAAUGGCUGUACAGUGAUUGUGAUGAUGACAGCUCUGGUGGAAGAUGGAGAACCGCAGUGCGAGCGCUACUGGCCUGAUGAAGGAUCGUCUCUGUACAACAUCUAUGAGGUGAACCUGGUGUCAGAGCACAUCUGGUGUAAGGACUUCCUGGUGCGUAGCUUCUACCUGAAAAAUGUGCAGACGCAGGAGACCCGCACACUGACCCAGUUCCACCUGCUCAGCUGGCCUGCAAACGGCAUCCCCACCUCCACACGCCCCCUGCUGGACUUCCGCAGAAAGGUGAACAAGUGCUACCGAGGCCGGUCCUGCCCCAUCAUCGUGCACUGCAGUAAUGGCACUGGAAGAACUGGAACUUACAUCCUCAUUGACAUGGUCCUAAACCGCAUGGCCAAAGGUGUUAAGGAGAUCGAUAUUGCUGCAACACUGGAGCACAUCCGUGAUCAGAGGCCGAGUAUGGUGCGCACCAAGGACCAGUUUGAGUUUGCCCUCACAGCUGUGGCAGAGGAAGUGAAUGCCAUCCUGAAAGCCCUUCCACAGUGAGCCAUUCUACUGCGUGGCACUACGUCAGUAUGCAUCCUGCCCUCCCUCACUCACACCAAGCAUUUACAUGGACAAUACCAUGCUAACGAUUUCCUCUAAUGCAUAACCACGGCCUUACACACUACAGAUACAUGAACAUGAAAUACAUGAAAUUUACUAGGCAGCACUGUGUGUGUGUGUGUGAUAUACUGUGGAUGAAGCUGGAAGGAUGACAUUGUAAAAUACUACAUGAGCUUCAGGUACUGAUACACACGGAGCCUUUUAGCAUAUCUGUUUUUUUCUGGAAAUUGAUGUUGCCAAUACAGACAAUUUAUCAUGAAAACACAUCUAGUCCUAUUUAGGAAAACGUGAUUAUAUGUCCACACAGAGAGGAAACUGGAACAUGUGAUGACUCUUUUUAGAGAGAUGUAUUGCCCAUCGUUCAUCCAGUGCAAGGUGUCGAACGCAUCACUCAACGUGCUUGCUUUUGUUCUCGUGUUCUCGAUGAUUGUGGAAACAUUCCGUUGUGUGAUACUUGUAAAUAAUCCAUUAAGUCUAUUUGUUUAUUCCUGUAGCAAAUGUGUGGAAAAUUAUACAAAAAGAGAAAUAUAUAUAUGCCUAUAAAUCUGACUUUAUUUUGAAUUAAAUGUGAUGUGGUACAGCA